AGAGUUGAGUGAGCGAGAGAAACGCUCCUCACAUAUCGCCAUCUCACUCACUCGCUCGUCGCACCCAUCAACAACACAGACCGUAAUGUGUUAUGAGCGAGACGGCACAGAGCGAGAGAGAAAUAUCAUGUUAAUGCGACGACACUAUUGGUCGAAGUGACACCGCGUUGCGGUCGCUUUUUGAACUGACAGUAACUGAGGUAAACCCCAAUCUACCGAAAAAUUUACACAUUCGCUCGUCACUCUCGGCACGGUCGAGUUGUUGUAAGCUGAUAUACAUUAUUAUCGUCGUUAUCCCAUUAAACAAUCAUGCCGCCCAAGACAAGUGGCAAGGCCGCCAAGAAGUCAGGCAAGGCUCAGAAGAACAUCUCCAAAACUGACAAGAAGAAGAAGAAGCACAAGAGGAAGGAGAGCUACGCCAUCUACAUCUACAAAGUGCUGAAGCAGGUCCACCCCGACACCGGUAUCUCCAGCAAGGCCAUGUCGAUCAUGAACUCGUUCGUGAACGACAUCUUCGAACGCAUCGCCGCCGAAGCUUCCCGUCUGGCUCACUACAACAAGCGUUCCACGAUCACGUCGAGGGAGGUGCAGACAUCCGUCAGGCUGCUGCUGCCCGGUGAACUCGCCAAGCACGCCGUCAGUGAAGGCACAAAGGCCGUCACCAAAUACACCAGCUCCAAGUGAAUUGGCAGCGCUUCGUCGUCGUCGUCGUUCGUGUUGUCGGUGUUUUACACCAAACACAACCACGACACAAAAACAAAAGGCCCUUUUCAGGGCCACAAAAUGCAUAUCAUAAAUUGAAAAGUUUCUUGUCGAUGGCGUGUCACGUAAAUAAAUGUUAUGUACCUUACCUACCUACUUAACCUACUUAUAAAACAGCUUAUUUAUUUAUUGUUCGCUUAUAGUAAGCAUUGUGAAUAAUUAAUAAUUGUCUACGUAUCAGAUUGUGCUUGUCAGUGAAGAGUGAGCAAACUAGAGAAAAAAAUAUAAUAUCGUCAACUAAAAACAACAAUGACUCCUAUAAAAUAUCGAAGGUAAAUUAGAAUCAAUCAACACAAUACCUACAUUAUUUUAAUUUUCGCAGAUAACAGGAAAAAAUAUAAAUUAAUUAUGAACGAACUAUG